CUUACAGGGUGCAGCGGCGGCUACGUGGAGGCCCUCACGCUCAAGUCGAUCACCGUGCCAGCUCACCGGGUCGUCGGGGAACCGGUGGAGCUGGACUGCAACUUUGACCUGGAGGGGGACACACUGUACUCUAUCACGUGGUACAGAGGCCAGGCCGAGUUCUACCGCUACAUCCCGGGAGACACCAACCCCAUGCAUAUCUACGACCUGCCCGGCGUGUCUGUGAACACCGCCCUCAGCGAGCACGGGAAGGUCAUGCUGCGCCCCGUCAGUCUCCUUUCGUCCGGGGAGUACAAGUGCGAGGUCUCCGCUGACACCCCGAACUUCCACACGGAGGCGAAGAAAGGAGAGAUGCUGGUUGUUGAUCUCCCGGACCAGGAGCCAACGAUAACAGGUGGAAGGCCGAAGUACCACGUAGGCGAUGAGGUCCACGUGAACUGUACCUCCCUCCGCUCCCGUCCCGCCGCCUCCCUCAUUUGGUACAUCAACGGCGAACAGGCCUCGAAUGAGCAUCUGGUGCAGUACACGCCAGAAAACGAUACAGAUGGCUUCGAAACCUCCCGCCUGGGUCUGCGUUUCGUGGCGGGCCCCAGGCACUUCCCUUCAGGAUUACUGCAUCUAAAAUGCACCGCUACCACCGCCGCCGUGUACUACCAGUCAUCUGAAGAGUCGGCAGAGGGCCAGCUACUGCAAACCGGGUCCGUCCUGGAGAGUAAAGGCGCCUACACAGGUGGGAGUGGUACCAUCAGCCACAAGUGGGUUGCUUUCUUCUCUGUGGCUUUGCUUCACGCCUUAUACCUGCUCAACAUUCUCUAGACUUCCUCUGCAGCAACCCUUCGUCUGGAGUUGAAUGCCCUCGCAUAGCUCAUCCUCAACUCAUCACCCAGCCUGUCCCCCAAGAUGUCACGAAGAAGGCAAAGGUGGCCCUAUAGGCAGGAUCUUCACCUCAGAUUAUGCUCCAACCUCCCAGCCAGACCACUCAAGGCAGCACCGUGUGUCCAUCUCACCCCACCGCUAGCAAGAUUCCUCAUCUUUUACUCCGGUGUCAUAACAUCAUAAAUAAGCUCAUCUCAUGUCAGUUCAGUCAAUAUAGAUGAGAUUUAACCUUCCCAGUACCCACCAGUCACAUGCAGCAAACUGAAAAAGAAGCACAUAGCUUGUUUAUAGAUUGGUGAAUGGUAUGCCCUGAAGGGAGGAAGGCAAGGAGUUAUUUUCAAAGCAAGCAUGAACUGAGUAUACAUCUUUUUGUACUAGCGUGUUGUGUUACUUGGUGAUAGUGUUGGGGUUAGCAUUGGGUUUUAUACAGCUUACAGACAGAGCUGCCACAGCCAUUGCUUCUGCUCUUUUGUAAUAUGGGUGUUAUAUUUACUUUUACCAUUACUACUUCAUCUUCUAUCACUGCUUCUAUUACUAGUGCUACUACUACUACUACUGCUUCUACUGUAACGCUACACUACUACUACUACUGUCUACUAGUAGGGGAGAGCGGUGAUUAUUCGGCCACUUUUUAGAAUAAUAUUUUUAGAAAAAAAGUUUAAGUAGUGUAAUUUUGUUGAUCUCAAAAUGUUCCUUCAUCAUUUGGCUCUUUAGGCUGCUAAUAUGACACUCGUAGCCAUUUCCAGUUUUCAGAUGUAGGUGAUGAAAGACAAGUUUCUAAAUUGUCCGAACCAUCCCCCCCCGUGGUGAUGGUUCGGCCAGGGAGGUGGGAUGGUACAGACACUCAUAUUACUCGCCAUAAUAUUAAUAUAACUUAAGUUUGAUUGGCUAAUAAACAAGAUUAUAUCUACUACAAAACAUUUGUUUAAGGACAAAUGUAUCCUCUAAAUAUUAAUGGGGGAAAAAAAUAAAAGGAGAACUACAAGAAAUAUCUUAAAAAUUUUGGUAUUAUGGCUUCCUUCUCUUCUCACAAGCAUAAUAUCUGAAUAUAAAUCAACCAAAUUAACCUUUUUAUAACCGUUGCAACACCUAUAAUGUUUAAAUUGAUAUAAAUUUAAUAAAAAUCAUUAAAAAAUCAACUGUCCGAAUCAUCACAACUCUGUAAUAAAAAGCAAAUGUGUGGUCACACUCCUUUUCCAGCACAAGAGCUGGGCGAUUGCGUUAUACGCAAUACCUACGCCGUGCAUCGCUGCGUCACCAAAAUAAUUUAUAGCUCGCUAAUUGCCAUGUUUUUGAAGUAAGUGCUUACGAUACACCCUGAAAGUACUACAUACGAGAUGCAAAAAAAUAUAAAAUCGGACUUGCAUUGAAAAGAACAGCUCUGAAGGCGUGGUUGUCCCUUUGUGGGCCAAGGCAACAAAGUUUUGCACAUUCACACAAAAUCUUGCAGCACUCAGUCCCAUACACUUUACAAUAGGUGCUAUGGCCAGACCAUCCCACUGUCCGAAUCAUCACCGCUCUCCUCUACUAUUGCUUUUUCUCUCAUUUAUCAUUUUAUUUGUAUUAUUCUUUUCUUUCUUACUUUCUUUGUGUUAUUUUUUUCUUUUCCAUGCAGAGGAGGCAGACCAGUGGCAAAGCAAACCCACAAAAAUCUGCAACAAGCUGCUCUGGAAAGAAGAUGAAAGAAGAUGUCAAAGUGAUUCAUUUAGGUUUGUUCAAGUCAUAGGAAGGAGGAAGCAGUGAUGAAGAAAGGCUGUUCCAGUGUUUACUAGUGUAAAGAAGUAAAAUUGGGGGCAUAUGGUAUAGAUGUGCAUGGCUAUGGUGCUCAUCUCCAUCACAUUGGCCCCUGAGUCUGUGGACACAGGGCCAUUGGGACAUCAAGGUUAUCACAGUUUGCCCUCCCUAGGUUUCCCCAGGUACCCAUUUAUCAACCAGCCUCAAAGGGAGGAUGAACACCUGGAUGAGCUCUGCACUGACUGCCCAGGCCAGGAUUCAAUCCCAGGCCCACAGAUUCUUAUCUAGGCAUGCUAACCAUGGAGCCAUUAUUUACUAGUAUAAAGUAUGAAAAAUUAAAAUAUUGAUGAACUCUUGCAUGAGGAGGUUGGACAGCACUGGGGUGAGUUAAAGUACGGAAUAGUCUCGUGUACCAAGGAGGGGUGCAGGCAUGCAGCAAGCAAGUUCAGAAGAGGAGUUACCAUGAAAAUUUAGAUGAAAGAUAGCAAAGGGAGUAAUACUGCAGUGGAAUUGAAUGGGUUGAAGACAUUCCAUAAGAGGAAGGGAGAUGAGGCAAAAUGCAUUUGACUCUGCUGUCCAAAAGAGCUGUGUGGAUGGAGGCCUUCCACCCAUGCAGAGCAUCAUACUCUAAACAGUGUCUGACAAGGCCCCUAAAAAUAGAUAGUGUCUGGAAGGGGGAUAUUGAUGACGAUGAUACAAAAUGCCUAACCUUAGGAUAUGAAGUUUCCAUUUGAAAUUCUAAGUUAAGGACAGACUUAGAUUGUUUAAUGUAGAAGACAGUGACAGCUGUGUGUUAUUGAAGAUUCAGGAACGGGUUUCUGGGAGAUUGUGCUGUCAGAUGGAGAAACUUUUUUUUUUUUUAACAAUGAAGGAUAACAAGGUCAGAGAUUGAGCAUUCUGAAGCAUCCAACCUUGUUGUGUAAUUUCUUUUGAGUUGGUCUUCAUUUAAAAGAUGAAUAAUGCAGAGUAGUCAUAUAUCCCUUC